AUGCCCGAAAAUCGCGUCGCCUUCGUCUGGGAGAGAAACAAACUCUAUUUCCCGGGUGACCGUGUAGGACACCGCGGGGGUAGAUGGGAGUGUCGUAAAGGCCAUGUGGGCGAUUGGAUCACUGAGCCGGAGAUUGGAUUAUAUUGGGAUUCAUACUGGAAGAAGAUUGAGGUUCAGUAA